GCCAUUCAUCAACUGAUGUUCCUCCAUUUUUAUUUAUUUAUUUUAUUUAUCUUUGCAGUUGGUUUGCAUCCCAUAAAAAAAGAGAUCCUUUCCUGGGACCAACUGAACAAGAUGCACAGUAAUGUGUUACCUGGUGGUCACUAUAAACCCAACUGUUCAAUGAAUGAAUCUGUUGCCAUUAUUAUUCCAUACCGUGAUAGGCAAUUUCAUUUGAAAAUCUUCCUUAAUAACAUACAUUCCAUUUUACAGCGACAGGCAAUAGAAUAUGGAAUCUAUAUCAUUGAACAGUGUGAUUCAUUUGCCUUCAAUCGAGGGAUGCUCAUGAAUGUCGGUUUUGCAGAAUCGCUCAAACACUAUAAUUAUAGCUGUUUUAUUUUCCAUGAUAUUGACUUAAUUCCUGAAAAUGAUAAAAACAUCUAUGAUUGUGAAGAAACUCCAAGACAUAUGUCUGUUGCUGUGGACAAAAUGAAUUAUCAGUUACCAUACAACACUUUGUUUGGUGGUGUUGUAGCAAUGAAAAAGGAAGAAUUUCAGAAAGUAAAUGGUUUUUCCAAUCGUUAUUUUGGUUGGGGAGGAGAAGAUGAUGAUCUAUAUAACAGAAUUGCGCAUCACAGCUAUAAUAUUCAUCGUCACUCACUACUGGUUGCACGCUAUACUAUGCUAAAACAUAUUCAAGGAGUGCCAAAUAAAGACAGGUAAGUAUAAUUUGCAAAAAAAUUGAUAAGGGAAUAGAGAGAAAAAUGCUAAUUAGUUAAUCAAGAUCAUAUGAAUUAAAAGUAGUCAACACUAUCCAUAUCACAGAGCGUCCCUCAUCUAUAGUUAUGAAAUCCAAUAAGAAUGGUUAAAAGAUGGAUAUAAGCGUCUCUGGGGUUUUAUGGAUUUCUGUAUGUCACAGGGAUUUCAUGGCUAAUAGAUAACAGAUGCUUCUAUGAGUCUGAAAAUAUGACCAGCACUAACCCUUUAGCAUUUAAACUGGCCAUAUCCAGCUAAAAUAUUCAACUUGUCUUUAUGUUCGAAUUGUCCAGAUCUAGCCUCUCACACCAACCCUACAAAAUCUUUUCUAAAAAUUAAUAGUUACCUCAUCAAAAUUUGAACACUACAAGAUAAUACAUAAUUAAUUCAAAACAAUGUGGACAAAUAAGCAGCAUUUCAUUUGUCUUUAUGUUCUGAGUUGAAAUUGCACCGAGGUCAACUUUGGGGUCGAUGAAAUAAGUACCAGUUCUUGUGACUUUCUGUGUUUUAAUCCAAACUGGAGAUGAACACUUAUGUUCCAUGUAAUAAUACGCUUGGUAAUUGUUGGGGUAUUCCUUAACAUGAAACCAAUGGGAGCCAUAAUACACAAAUAACGAAUCUUUGUUUAACCAUGUAGUGUUGACCACUCUUUGCCAUUGUUCAAUAUUUAUAUAUAUUGAAAGGCAGCGACCUGGCAGAAAUGUCAGUAUGUCGAGCGAAUUGCUUAGAAGUGCCAGUUGCAUACUGGGGUUGAUCUAAUCGAGAGGGCUCCCUCGCCAAAAAUUUCGGGCCUUGUGCUUUGAGUAGAAAAGUAUAUUUACAUAUAUAUAUAUAUAUAUAUAUAUGUUAAAGACUUUCGAGUGAGAUCGUUGCCAGUGCCCCUGGACUGGCUCUUGUGCGGGUGGCACAUAAAAUACACCAUUUUGAGCGUGGCCGUUGCCAGUACCACCUGACUGGCGUUCGUGCUGCUGACACGUAAAAGCACCCACUGCACUCUCAGAGUGGUUGGCGUUAGGAAGGGCAUCCAGCUGUAGAAACUCUGCCAAAUCAGAUUGGAGCCUGGUGUAGCCAUCUGGUUUCACCAGUCCUCAGUCAAAUCGUCCAACCCAUGCUAGC